AUGCGUGAACAAAUAGUAAUGGCGUCCUCCGUGGAUGAGGAAGAGGUACAGAGACACAGCGAUCUGAUGGAUUCCUGGUGGAGCCCAGAUGGUGCACUUGGGGGGUUGCAGCUGUUUAACCGCGUCAGAAUACCAUUCAUGGCAGAAGAAUUAGCUUCAAGUGGUAAAAAACUUACGGCGAAAUCUUUAAAGGGCAAAAAGGUUUUAGAAGUCGGGUGCGGUGGCGGCCUUGUUACGGAGGAGUUCGCUAAACUUGGUGCCGAGGUGACGGGAGUGGACCCUAGCCCUCUUUUAAUAGGUCUAGCAAAGGAACAUAGUAAGGUCGACGAAAUAGUUGCUGCCAACAAACCGACAUACCUCAACACUACUAUAGAGGAACAUUCAAAACUGUUCCCAAACCACUAUGACGCCGUAGUAGCGUCGGAGGUGGUAGAACAUGUGGCCAAUGUAGACGUCUUUCUAGAGAGCUGCGUAGCGGCUCUGAAACCGGGUGGAAAGAUGUUUAUCACGUCACCAAACAGAACUCGCCUGGCACAAUUCUUCAUUAUGGUUAUGGGGGCGCUGACGAUCAUACCAAUACAUCUUAUGACCUAUUCUAAAUUUACGAAGCCUAGUGAAAUCUCGGCCAUAUUGGAGAGAAAUAACUGUAGAGUGGACAAAGUGAAGGGUUUGUUCUAUUUGCCUUUCAUAAACAAGGUGUUUUGGGUGUUCUUCAAUACCGUGUGGUACGCAAUGGCAGCUACUAAACAAGGACAUGCAACCUAA